GCCUUACCAUACUGGACGGAAUUUUAUUUAUAUUUUUAAGCUUGCUCUUAUAAUAAAACAAAACCCUAGGGUUUUGGAUUAUCAUCUUCCAGCUGCUGUUUGUUCUUCUUGUUUAAUUGGUGAAUUCAAACAACAUUGGCUUCAAUUUAACGUUUCUUUUGAUUUCCCACAACUCAUUUUUGGAGAAGAACAUUUCAUGACAAAGGAGUCGCAACAUGGAUGCAAGAUUAGCAAAUACGUGGAGGUUAACUGUUAAUGAGAAGAAAUUUAUAGAGUCUGCAUUGCUUUCUGGUAUUAGAGUUGAUGGCCGCAACCCUUACGAGUUUCGUAAACUUUCCAUCAAGUUUGGCAGAGAAGAUGGCUCUUCAGAAGUGCAGCUAGGACAUACUCAUGUAAUGGGUUUUGUCACUGGUCAACUGGUUCAACCUUAUCGGGACCGACCUAACGAAGGGUCACUUUCAAUUUUUACUGAGUUCUCUCCAAUGGCUGAUCCCUCAUUUGAGCCAGGUCGCCCUGGAGAAUUUGCAGUUGAAUUGGGACGAAUAAUAGAUCGUGGUUUAAGGGAAAGCAGGGCAGUUGAUACAGAAUCACUCUGUGUUCUAGCUGGGAAGUUAGUAUGGGCUAUCCGUAUUGAUAUCCACAUUCUAGAUAAUGGGGGAAAUUUAGUUGAUGCUGCCAAUAUUGCAGCUUUGGCUGCUCUCUUGACAUUCCGAAGGCCUGAAUGCUCACUUGGAGGGGAGAAUGGCCAGGAAGUGAUAAUACAUUCUCCUGAGGAAAGAGAACCGCUGCCCUUGAUUGUACAUCAUCUUCCUGUAGCAGUUACUUUUGGAUUUUUCAGUAGUGAGAGUAUCAUGGUAAUAGAUCCAACCCACCAUGAAGAAGCUGUUAUGACAGGAAGAAUGACAGCCACACUUAAUGCAAAUGGAGAUGUUUGUGCUAUUCAGAAACCUGGAGGGGAGGGGCUAUUGCAAAGUGCUAUCAUGCAGUGUUUGCGAAUUGCUUCCCGGACGGCUAGUGAUAUAACAAAGAAGAUAAAAGACGCAGUUGAAGCAUACAACACAGAAAGGGCAUUACGUAAGAUCAAGCGUCACCCUACUUCCAUUACCUUAGACGGUAGUGCUAACGUGAAAGUAAAACAAGAGGGAUCUAUUGGCCAUAAGGGUGCAAAUGAGUUGCCCAGAAACCAUAUGGAAAGCUCAAGACUUGUGUCCGGGAAAAGUUCCAGUCAAAGUAAUGAUGGUGAUGGUGAAAGCAAAUCAUCUGGACUAGGUGGAAAUAGCAGAAGAAAUGAUAGCACUGCAAAUUUUGUUGGGCAGCCUGCAAGUUGGGAUCCUUACUCAAAGGGUGUUGAUCUGGACUUCCUGAAAGUGUCUUUAGCUUCGCAUGGAACAUUAACACCCAAGAAGAAGCAACAAGCCUUAGCAGGUGAUAAAAAGCCUAGUGAAGUCAAGCCAGAGGAACCACCUGAAGACAUUAAUUCAGCUUCUUCGGCUAUUGAUGCGUCUGGAACUGGAAUUCAAAAAGAUAGAGAGAAGACUUUGAAAGAUGCUGUGAAGCCAAAGCAUAAGAGAAAAAAGAGGGCAUCCUCCACUGCUGGUGCAACUUAGAUGAAUUUUGGCCAAUGGAAUCAGUAGAAAUGUUUCUCCUUGCAUGCAUGUUAAUGUGAUUUAAGUUUUUCUAUUUUUUAUUAUUUUUGAACAUUUAGUUGUAUAAUUAUCUUGGAAUUGCUGAAAUCAGUCAUCAAUUUUGAGCCGAUUUUCUGAAUAUCUUUAUCAGAAGCAUGACAUAGAUGACGAUUGUGUUAUUGGUGAUCAGGAUACCUGAAACUAGAUAUAACAGUUGUACCAUAUUUAUUCUGUGUUA